CAGAAAUUGUGAUUAACAGGGUGGUACAGACUUGGUACGUUUUUUUUUCUUACAUACGACAUGGAUUUCACUUUGCUUUUCAGCUUUAACGAGUUGACAGUGGCCAUUGCUGUGAUACUGUUGAUCCUGUUGGUCAGUAGGUCACUUCAAAGGCCGGCGAAUAUCCCACCUGGUCCAUCUGGUUACCCUAUCAUAGGGUGUAUGCCUCUCCUAAGAAAUGCGAACCCAUUGGAUGUGUUUCGAAAACUUCGAGCCCAAUAUGGCGACGUAUUUAGCUUGAAGAUUGGACAAAAACUCACCGUGGUAAUAAAUGGAUCUGAUGCAUUAAAAGAAGCUUUUGUCAAACGUGCAGAUGAAUUCUCUGACCGACCAGGCAGCUUUAUCUCAGAACGACUUUUUCAAAACAAGGGUAUUGGGGCAUCUUCCGGUGAAUAUUGGAAACAAACCAGGACAUAUUCAAUAUCGAUAUUACGCAAUUUAGGAUUUGGGAAAAGAUCGCUCGAAUCAAGAGUCCAAGAGGAGGUGACUGCUUACUUGGACAUUAUCGAGAAACAAGAUGGCCGACCUUACGAUGUGAAGGAGGUGACCGUACUGGCCAUAUCAAACAUCAUUUGUAGCAUUACGUUUGGAAACAGAUUUGAAUUCAGUGAUACUAAAUUCAAGCGAUUAACAUCUCUUUUCGCUGAGAACUUCCGGUUAAAUACAGUGGGAGGGGCCAUAAGAUCGUUUCCUGGAUUGCGACACCUUCCUGGAGAUAUGUUCAGCAUAAAAAAAAUGAUAAAAAAUGUAGAAGAUAUCAAAGCUUUUGUCGGUGAACAAAUACUUGAACAUAGAAACACAUUUGAAGAGGAGAAUGAACGCGAUUUCAUAGACGCGUUUCUGUCAGAGCAAAAGAAACAUGACAAAGAAGACCCUAUAUUUGACGAUAUGAAUUUAACAGCGAUCGUCAUCAACCUAUUUAUUGCUGGGACCGAUACAACUGCUACAAUGAUUCGAUGGGCCAUUGUUUACCUUAUUUAUAACAAAGACAUCCAGGACAAACUUCGACAGGAGAUAGAGACAGUUGUCGGGACGUCUAGACUACCGUCACUUGCCGACAAAUCUAGUAUGCCUUACUAUGAAGCGUUUAUAACAGAGGUAUUCCGGAUGGGCAACAUUGCUCCUCUUUCUGUGCCUCACGGAGCCAAGAAGGACAUCACAUUUCGCGGUAUGGUUAUCCCGAAAGGGUCAGUUAUAAUACCCAACCUUAACUCCGUUAUGGAAGACCCGGUCUUAUUUGAAAAUCCUGACAAAUUUCGACCAGAAAGGUUUUUGGGAGAUGAUGGGCAACUUAAUGGCAAGGAAAAGACAGUCAUGGCCUUUUCAUUAGGUCGGCGUGUCUGUCUUGGCGAGUCUCUGGCCAGAAUGGAGUUAUUUCUUUACAUGACGUCAUUAUUGCAAAGGUUCGAGAUCCUACCGGAAAGUCCAGACAAGUUUCCAUCCUUGGAAGCUAAUUUCGGACUCGGACGUGCGUGUAAGGACUACAAAUGUCGUGUUAUAAAGCUUAAAUGAAGGACUUUACACCAAUAUGAUAUAAUGUUUUAAUUAUUAUUUAAUUCAAGUUUUUACUGUGCAAUACUCCGAAGUUGUAAACAUUGACUAAUUGUUAUUUACCGGAGGACGAUCAUAAACAACAAUCUAACUGGGUAUCAUCCGGAAACGACAUUUAACGCACAUCCUGUGUUUUGUCUAUUACGUUCUUUUAUAACGCUACUGUUUAGCUAGCUAAUUUGAGUGUGACGUUUAAAUGACAACGGUCAUCUUCAUCAGGCAAAUGACCAGUGUGCUAAUAUGUUUCACACUGGUCAUUUGUCCACUGAAGGUGGCCGUACAGUCAUCGAAGCGUCACACUUUAAUUUUACAUUGGGAAUGUUAUCAGAAAUUCUUUUUGAAAACACCUACUGUGUAGCUGUGUGGUACUAACGCCAUUGGUUUAAAUUGAUUGCAUUUCAGACUUUUUUUG